AUGACUCUCAUGAUGGUGAGCGAAGUCAUCGUCAAUGUCAUCGACCAGAACCGAGCUGCAAUCGAGACGCCUGAUGUGAUGCCUCAAACAAUUCGUAGCCUCUUUGAUGAUGGAACUAGGAAAGCAAAGAUUUUCCAAGAGACCACAAGGGGAAAGGAAAAAAAGGUACGCAACUCUUAUUUUGUCUCUGCACUUAAUGUUAUAGAUAGUGAUAAGAAGAGAUGCAUUAGUACGGGAGUGAUGCAGAUGCCCAUGAAGAAGAAGAAAAAGUUCAAAAACCUAUCAGAAUUGGUUGAUCUGAAGAAUUCUUAUGCUUGCAAGGAGGUGUUCAAUAAGUUCCAAGCACUUGGAGCCCACAUCGCAAGCCACAACAGGAACAAGAAGAUGGAGAAAGUGCCAUUUGAUAAAUUAGGGACUAAAGAAGGUGGUGCUGGAGAUAGGGAAGAAAAGGGCUCAAGUUCAGUAGCACCAGUAGUCAAUAGAGAGAAGAAAUAUAAAUGUAAUUUGUGCUCAAGAAGGUUUUUGACAGGGCAGGCAGUUGGAGGUCAUAAAAACUAUCACCGGAAGGCUGCCCGUGUUGAAGCUCGGCAGGCUCCAGGAAGCGACAUCCUCUGA